UCCAGCCCCUGCCUCAAUGGGGGUUCCUGCUCCAGCACCCAGGACCCUGCCUCCUACCACUGCAGCUGCCCCAGGGCCUUCACAGGCAAGGACUGCAGCACAGAGAGAUGCUUCGACGAGACCCGCUACGAGUACCUGGAGGAGGGUGACCGCUGGGCCCGCGUGCACCAGGGCCACGUGGAACAGUGUGACUGUGCGGGGGGCCGGGCCCGGUGUGAAGGCACCCGCCACACAGCUUGCCUGAGCAGCCCGUGCCUGAACGGGGGCACCUGCCACCUGAUCGUGGCCACAGGGACCACGGUAUGCGCCUGUCCGCCAGGCUAUGCCGGGCGGCUCUGCAACAUUGUUCCCAACGAGCGCUGCUUUGUGGGGAACGGCACCGAGUACCGUGGCUUGGCCAGCACCUCGGCCUCAGGCCUCGGCUGCCUGGCCUGGAACUCCGACCUGCUCUACCAGGAGCUGCACGUGGACUCGGUGGGCGCCGCGGCCCUGCUGGGCCUAGGCCCCCACGCCUACUGCCGGAACCCGGACAAGGAUGAGAGGCCCUGGUGCUACGUGGUGAAGGACAGCGCACUCUCCUGGGAGUACUGUCGCCUGGCGGCCUGCGAAUCCCGGGCCAGGACCCAGCCCCAACUCCCCAUGGUCCUGGUGACCCUGCAGGAGCCAGCCCCCAGCCGCCCGUCCUGCGGCAGGAGGCACAAGAAGCGGAGCUUCCUGCGACCGCGCAUUGUGGGUGGCUCCUCCUCGCUGCCCGGCUCCCACCCCUGGCUGGCCACCAUCUACAUCGGGAGCAGCUUCUGCGCCGGGAGCCUGGUCCACACGUGCUGGGUGGUGUCUGCGGCCCACUGCUUCUCCCGCAGCCCCUCCAGGGAAAGUGUCUCAGUGGUGCUGGGCCAGCACUUCUUCAACCGCACGACAGACGUGACGCAGACAUUCAGCAUCGAGAAGUACGUCCCGUACACCCUGUACUCGGUGUUUAAUCCCAGCGACCAUGACCUUGUCCUCAUCCGGUUAAAGAAAAAAGGGGAUCGCUGUGCCGUCCGCUCCCAGUUUGUCCAGCCCAUCUGCCUGCCCGAGUCCAGCAGCACCUUCCCUGCCGGACACAAGUGCCAGAUUGCGGGCUGGGGCCACACGGGUGAGAACGUGAGUGGCUACUCCAGCUCCCUUCGGGAAGCACUGGUCCCCCUCGUCGCUGACCAUAAGUGCAGCAGCCCUGAGGUGUAUGGGGCCGACAUCAGCCCCAACAUGCUCUGUGCCGGCUACUUCGACUGCAAGUCCGAUGCCUGCCAGGGGGACUCGGGCGGGCCGCUGGUCUGUGAGAAAAACGGCGUGGCCUACCUGUAUGGAGUCAUCAGCUGGGGCGACGGCUGUGGGCGGCUCAACAAGCCGGGGGUCUACACGCGGGUGGCCAACUAUGUGGACUGGAUCAAUGACCGGAUCCGGCCCCCCAGGCGACCUGAGGCUUCCUCUUGACUCUCUGGGGCCGUCCUGUCUUCUCGCCAUGCCCUGCCUUGCGACAAUAAAGAUGUUUCCACAACUA